GCCAUGCGCUUCGACUUCUUCGAUGCAGCCUCGUCACUCCACGGUGCUUUCGUUUUUAAGGGCGAAAUCGUAAUCAAGAUAAGAUACCUGUCCCUUCCAAUACGAGUGUCGGACUUGCUUCCUGAUCUACGAGCACGCUUACUCCUGGUAUCUUCCGGUCUAAGUUCUUUCUUAGGUACCAUAUUUAUAUACAAGUUCACUUUCACUGAAAAUUACCAUCACCGUUGAACCUAGAUCUUCACACCAAUGAGAUUGAUGAAGAUCCACUACUUUCCACCAUUAUCGCGUGCUCUUGCUGCUAUGAGAGCCUAGUUUUCUAUGAUACCAUAUUUAUGAACCUCCCAUAUCAACACAAGGCUCAAUAAUCUUCUUCUGGGUAUUGAUAAGGAAAUCUUACGGGUGUGAGACUAGACUUUAUAGGGGCUUUUCUCAGUAGUCAGGAAACCCAGAGGGAUUGGCGGGUCAAGGCCGCCGUUGAGUGGGUUGAGCUUCCCUACUAAGGGAUCAAUGCCUCCUCCCAGCUGCAGAGACGGUGACCGGUCAAAUUUACCGGCUGGGGAAACAUUCAACUUUUUUAAAAUCAUCAGUCCUGACGACGUUCGAGAUGGAAAACUUCGGUUUCCACCAAAGUUUGUUAGGAAGUAUGGAAAGAAACUUUCAAACCCUGUACUCGUCAAGGUUCCAAAUGGCUCUAUUUGGAAAGUGGAACUGAUGAAAUGUGAUGGUGGGGUUUGGUUACAAAAUGGUUGGCGAGAAUUCUCCAAGUAUUACUCUAUAAGUCAAGGACAUUUUCUAAUAUUCAAAUAUGAAGGGUUUUCCCGUUUUCUUGUAAUUAUUUGUGAUAUGACAGCUUCAGAGAUAGAAUAUCCAUUCAGUGAUACGGACCAUAAAGAUUCUGAUAAUGCCGUGGAAUUGGGAGCACACAUGGAGAAAGUUGAGAAUGAUGCUUCUGUUGAAAUCCUGGGUGAAUUCCCAAUGUGCCAGAAAAGUCACUGUGAAGAAUCCAUUUUUGUUGGGAAGUUGAAAGCGCCUAAACUAAAGGAAAUUGAAGAUGAUUUAUCUGUUGAAAUCCUAGAAGAUUUCCCCACAAGUCAGAAAAAGUUGGGAAAACAGCCAUCACGAUUUCCCUGUUCUCGGAUGAUAAAAACUGAACCUCCUAGUGAAAUUAAGAAUGCUUCUGCUCUUCAAAAUCCAGUUAUGAACUUUCAACAGAAAGAUCUUCAAGCUAAUGGGAUGAAACUCGCAGGGUCAAAGAGAGACUUGGAUGGACAUCAGGUCAUGCAAGAUUUGGCAGGUGGUUUUUUUCAAUAUAUUUUUGGUAUAGGCAAUUGGCUUUUUGGCAAAUGGAGUUUGGCAUUUGAAUCAUUGACUGCUGUAUUUUUUUUGGCAGGUGGACAUAAAUAUGUUAAAGAGGGAGACAAUGGAAGUAGAGACAUGGAGUGGAGAUCCCCACAAGCAAAGUAUCCAGAAGGGAGCGGGCCAGCUACUGUCAAUGAAGAACUCACAGCCCUCCAAGCAGCCAAUGCUUUCAAACCUGAAAACCCCUUCCAUAUAGUUACAAUGCGACAAUCUUAUGUUGGUAGUGGAUGUUGGUUGCGUAUACCAUUGAGAUCUGUCAAGGAUGUUUUUAGCAGAAAAUGUGGGGAAGUAACUCUUCAGGUUUCGGAUGGGAGAACUUGGCCUAUCAAAUACACUGUUGGAGUAGGUGGAGCAAAUUUGACUUCUGGUUGGAAGACAUUUGUGCUAGAUAAUCACUUGAAAGUUGGUGAUAUUUGCGUGUUCGAACAGAUUAAGGGCCUUGAUAAUUCAUUGAAGGUUGUCAUGUUUCGAGCUUGUGAAGUUGGAAAUUUGAAUCAGAGUGGACAUAAAUAUGUUAAUGAGGAAGACAAUGGAAGUAGAGACAAGGAGUCGAGAUCCCCACAAGCAAAAUACCCAGAAGGGAGCGGGCCAGCUACUGUCAAGGAAGAAUUCACAGCCCUCCAAGCAGCCAAUGCUUUCAAACCUGAAAAUCCCUUCCAUAUAGUUACACUGCGACCGUCUUAUGUUAGUACUGGAUGUUGGUUGCGUUUUCCAUUGAGAUCUGUCCAGGGUGUUUUUAGCAGAAAGUGUGGGGAAGUAACUAUUCAGGUUUCGGAUGGGAGAACUUGGCCUAUCAAAUACACUCUUGGACCAUGUGGAGCACAUUUGAGUUCUGGUUGGAAGACAUUUGUGCUAGAUAAUCACUUGAAAGUUGGUGAUAUUUGCGUGUUCGAACAGAGUAAGGGCCUUGAUAAUUCACUGAAGGUUGUCAUGUUUCGAGCUUGUGAAGACGGCACAAAUUGUUUCCCAACUGUGCAGAAGUUGGAAAUUUGAAUCAGAGUACAUGAUCCAUAUUUGUGGUUAAUGAGUCUGGUAAGUCUGAUCGCUAGAAAUAGAACUUUGAAUUUUACCCCCUAGCUAUUGUACUGGAGUUUGGUGGUAAAUCUGUCUUCUGUUCCUUUCAGCUCAUGUAGUAGUUUUCCUUAGCAAAUUUCACUUAAUUUGUUUUUGUGCUUUUCGUUUUGGCAAUGGUGCAGUGCCCCCAGAUUUCCUUGCCA